GCCACACGUGAACUUCAUAACUCCACGACUCUUCAGAUCGGACGGCUGAUAGAGCUGCGUCAGCUUGAAGCUACCUGGGUGACACUAGGGCCUCUCCACCACGUCCUCCUAUAUAAAACCCUCACAAAUCUCUCACGCUCCCUCUCUCUCUAUCAGUCGCUCUCUGCGCCACACACACAGCGAAAAAUGGCUUUGCCGAACCAACAGACCGUCGAUUACCCGAGCUUCAAGCUUGUGAUUGUCGGCGAUGGUGGAACCGGAAAAACAACAUUUGUGAAAAGGCAUCUUACUGGGGAGUUUGAGAAAAAAUACGAACCAACCAUUGGUGUGGAAGUACAUCCUUUGGACUUUUUCACCAACUGUGGGAAAAUUCGUUUCUACUGCUGGGACACGGCAGGGCAAGAGAAGUUUGGUGGUCUUCGAGAUGGAUAUUACAUCCAUGGGCAAUGUGCAAUUAUCAUGUUUGAUGUUACCGCCCGGCUGACAUACAAGAAUGUUCCCACAUGGCACCGGGAUCUUUGCAGGGUGUGUGAAAACAUCCCAAUUGUUCUUUGUGGAAACAAGGUUGAUGUGAAGAACAGGCAGGUGAAGGCAAAGCAGGUUACUUUCCACCGGAAGAAGAAUUUGCAGUACUAUGAGAUAUCGGCAAAGAGCAAUUAUAACUUUGAGAAGCCUUUCUUAUACCUUGCUAGGAAGCUUGCAGGGGACCCUAAUCUUCAUUUUGUUGAAUCUCCUGCCCUGGCUCCCCCAGAAGUGCAAAUCGACUUAGCUGCUCAGCAACAGCAUGAAGCUGAGCUUCUUGCUGCUGCUAGUCAGCCCCUUCCUGAUGAUGAUGAUGACGCAUUCGAGUAGAUUUUGGGGUGUUCUGGUUUUUUUCAGAGUUUCUCAUCAAGAUAUGCGAGUCCCUUGAGCCAUUUUUUCCCCUAAAUUGCUGGCUUUGUGAAUGUUAACAAACUUAUAUCUUUGGUUGUAUCAAUUUGUGGAUGCGGAGUUGGUCCAGUGUUUUCCUUCGUUUUGGAUUUUAUGCCUUUAGGCACUACAUAUGUCUGCACAGCAAUGUGAUAUUUUUGAGUUUUGGAUUAAUUCAGUUAAUGGCCCACGUGUCCCCGGUUCA